GAAAUGGACAGAUCGACAGCAAAUGUACGAUCAUCAAUCAAUUUUUUAACUAAUAAUGAUUAAGAGUAGAGAGAUAAGAUAGAAAUUCAAUUGAUACCAGCAUUAUAGAGUUUUUAAACUUUUAUCAAGAUGACUAAUGAAUCUCAGAUGGCAUAGAUUGUUGAUUCUUUAAUGGCAAUAGAUUUCUUUAAAAAGAAUUGUCCAGAAGGUUCAAGUUUAAGAGAUUUUAUUAUAUAUGCAGGAAAAGCUUUGACAUAUGAGCAUUAUAAAAAGGGUUCAAUUAUAUUUCAUUAUGGUGACUAUGGAGAUAAGUUUUUUAUGAUCCUAAAAGGUAAUGUUGGAGUAUUGGUACCUAAAGGAAAUCAUGAUAUUGAAAUUGAUAGAGAUUUCAUUUUAGAGACAAAUAGAAAUGAAACAUGGAGUAAUGUUUGGAAAGGUAGGAAAUUACAUAGUACAAUUGAUAUGGAAUUGUUAUUAGCUUAAGAUGAAGAUCCAUGGUUAAUCUCAAAUAGAUAUUUUGAAGGAGGUGUAUGUUUAUACUAAAAGGUAUUAUUAAUAUAUAUGAAUAUUAAGAUUUAUACAUAUUAUAGUGGAUAAACAUUUGGAGAUGUAUCAUUAUAUACAGAUAAACCAAGAACAGCAAGUAUAUUAGUAUUGUCAGAAGAUGUUCAUGUAAUUACUAUGAAUAAGAAUGAAUACAAAUAAAUUUGUGAAAAGUCUCUAUAGGAUAUGAAUAGCAAUGUUGAUUAUUUUAUGAGGAUGUUGCCAAAUAAUAGCAAGUUUGUAAUAACAAAAUUUAUGUAAUAUAUGCAUAAAAUUGAAUUUUCUCCAUAAAGUAUAUUAUGGAAGGAAGGAGAGGAAUCUAAAUUUUUUAUGUUAAUAUUUAAAGGGAGAGUGGAAUUAAUUAAGAAGAUUGGAAAAGUGAGGAUUACAUUGUGUUAAUUAAGUGACAAUAGUUGGGUUGGAUAAGAAGAAAUAUGUAAAAAUAAAUAUCAAAAAUUUCUUUAGUUGAUUAAUCCAUUAGAUAAUCCACUUGCUAAUGUGCUGAUAAUACUAUUGCCUAUUAUAUUCAUAUUGAAGAAUUUAAUUAGAUUAGAAGAAACUUUCCAGAGAUAUGUAAGAUUUUGAAAGAGAAAUCUUAAAUUUUGAAGGAGUAUAUGAAAACAAGAUAUGAGAUGAUUAUGAAUAACUUUAUUAAUAAAUAGGAGAUUAUUUAAAAAGAACAACAGAAGGUGGAGAGAAAGGCCAUUUCUGAAAUUUUUUAUACUUCCAUAAAGACCAAAACCUAGGAUAUUAGAUCACAUUCUCCUAAGGCAUUAAGUAUUAUCGAAAUCACUGAAUAUAACAACAAAAUAAAUUAAUCUAGAGUAGGUUUUUUAUUUCCAAUUAGGGUGGAUUUAGAAAUCUAAAUAUCUUUCCAUUAGACAAAGAUUCAGUAUUAUCAAUAAGGGAUAGAGUUUGUAGAUAAUUAACCAAAUAAAACAAAAAGAAGGAGAGAGUUAAACCUUAAACAAUGAGAGAAGGAACUCUUUUAUCAUCAACUAUUUCAGAUCUAUUCAAAUAAAAUGAUUAGAUUUAAUAGCAUUAAAGCUUUAAAUAGAAUGAUUUAAAGAAAAGUUCAUUCUCUUUUGUUAAUUUAUUUGUUUAAGGAUCUACUAAUAAUCCUACAAAUUGUAGUGAUCAUUUUACAUCAAGACUAACAACAUAAUAAUCUUAUUUUAGAAUGAAAACAGAAUAGGGAAGAUCCUAAAUUUAAACAUAAACUAGUUUUGAUUAAAAGUAAAAUAGUUCAGUUAAUAUAAGAAAUAACAGCGUAGAAAUAAAUAAAUUACGUUCCAAUAGUCCUCUCAAUUCCAUUCAAUUCUCAAAUAGACAUUAAAAUAAAAGAAUUCAUAGUUGUAAGAUGAUAGCAAGACCAAAAAAGUACCCUUAAUUAUUGAAAUAUAAAUUAUUAUGA